UGAAAUUCCACAAAAAUAUAUAUACAGUUUUUCCGCAAUGUUUGGUCUUCUGAAAGUAGGACUCCUGGCCUUGCCACGUCUUUGCAUACUGGGAAGUUCCCUUCACAUCACUUCGAUGCGCCGACGGUCCAAACUGGAUGCAUGUAACAUGUACGACAAGAUGAAGUUUGAGUUCACCAAAGAGAACAAGGCCCGUGUCGAGUCCCUGCUCACUUGGUACCCAGAAGCGGAGCGUCAAGGCGCACUAUUGCCACUCCUCGACAUCGCUCAGCGCCAGCAUGGCUGGCUGCCGAUCUCGGCCGUGGUGGCAGUCGCCGAGGUGCUGAAGAUCGAUCCGAUGCAGGCCUACGAAACGGCCAAGUACUACACAAUGUUCCACAUGAAGCCGCGCGGCAUGUACGUAGUGUCCGUCUGCACUUCCACGCCGUGCUUUCUACGCGGCAGCGACGACCUGUUGAAGGCGUGCUCGAAGAUGCUCCGCCUGGAGCCGGGCGAGACCAGCAAGGACAUGCAGUUCAGCCUGAAAGUCGACUGUUGUUUGGGGGCCUGUGUGAACGGGCCCGUAGUUACCAUCAACGACGACCUGUACGAGGAUCUCACCGAGGUAAGCCUCGAGUCCAUUUUGAGUGAUCUGAAAUGUGGCAAGGUACCGCCUGCGGGCCCCUACUCCGGACGCUGCUCCAGCGAACCGAAAGACGGAGCGACCACUCUGCUAAUUGACCCACCUCCAGCCGGCUACAAGAUGCAGGAUUUGGACGAUUCUGGCGAGAAAUGA